CCGUUUCCGCCCCUUCUUCCUUUUCCGGUCCUGGCGGACACCGCUUCGGUUGGGUUCUCGGCCCCGGGCCCCGGCGUGGGAGGCGACCGUAGUCAUGGCGAUGUUUGAGCAGAUGAGAGCGAACGUUGGCAAGUUGCUCAAGGGUAUCGACAGGUACAAUCCUGAGAAUCUGGCCACGCUGGAGCGGUAUGUGGAGACACAGGCCAAGGAGAAUGCCUAUGAUCUGGAAGCCAACCUGGCCGUCCUGAAGCUGUACCAGUUCAACCCAGCCUUCUUUCAAACCACAGUGACCGCCCAGAUACUGCUAAAGGCCCUCACCAACCUGCCCCACACCGACUUCACACUGUGCAAGUGCAUGAUCGAUCAGGCACAUCAAGAAGAACGACCAAUCCGACAGAUCUUAUACCUCGGGGACCUGCUGGAGACCUGCCACUUCCAGGCCUUCUGGCAAGCCCUGGAUGAAAAUAUGGACCUCCUGGAGGGUAUAACUGGCUUUGAAGACUCCGUCCGAAAAUUUAUCUGCCAUGUUGUGGGCAUCACUUACCAGCACAUUGAUCGCUGGCUACUGGCCGAGAUGCUCGGGGAUCUGACCGACAGCCAGCUAAAGGUGUGGAUGAGCAAAUAUGGCUGGAGCGCUGAUGAGUCGGGCCAGAUCUUUAUCUGUAGCCAGGAGGAGAGCAUCAAGCCCAAGAACAUCGUGGAGAAGAUCGACUUUGACAGUGUGUCCAGCAUCAUGGCCUCCUCACAGUAACUCGGCAGGCGCUUAAUAAAGAUUUAUUGACUUCUUA